CCAAGCAGCUCAUCUAUUUACCGAAUGAUCAUCAACUCGAUCAUUCAUGGGAUAUUUGCCGUUACAGCGUCGUGUUCUAGCUGACAGAGACCCACCUUUCCUCAGCCGCAUCUGUGUGUGCCCUGUGUAGCGUUGUGUCGCAAUCGAAUGGAAUCUAUAUAAAAGUGUGUUCAGCUGGACUGCGGUCAGUAGUACCAAUCCGGGUGUCUUCUCAGUUACCGAACGUGUCAUAUACACAUACUCACCAUCACAACACUGCCAUCAUGUUCGCCGCGAUACUCGCCGUCUGUGCUUUGACUUUUUCCGGGCAUGCCAACGCCAUGUACGUCAAGGAGCAACGCAGCUGCCGCACGGAUGGGUGCGUCACGCAGUAUGGCUGUGUGCCUCGCUACUCGCAGUACAGCACCGCUCUCUACUGUCCCCAGCGCUGUGUGAUUGAACGAUGCCGAUCGGAGGAAAACGAACAACCGCGUCGCUACUGCCAUCAGAUCACGUCGGUCGCUACCGGACAAUUGUUGGCUGCAGUGGACUCCUACGAUCGUCGUGACAGUCCGAGGUACGCAUCACUUGUGAAUCCUAACUCGGGCGAACGCGACCGUUGGCACAUGAUCGUGGGACCGGGCAAUAACUACUACAUCCAGAACAGCGAUACUCGAGAGUAUCUUCGGGCGAGCGACAACAACUGUCUCUAUCUGGUUUCUGAACGGCCCGCUGACGAGAGCUUCCUGUUCAAGCCGGAACUCGUCCAGGGCAGAUGGUCGUGCACGCUGCUUCAGUCCGUUUGCUACCGAAGCUACAUUUUUGCCGAACAGUAUGGUGGAGGUUAUCGAAACUUUGCACAGAUGACGCGCGAUCUACAGCAAUGCUAUCGUGACAGUUUGUGGAGCAUCACAACGGUUAAUUGUUGAUCAGCAAUAGUGAAGCUUCU